AUGGCCGACUUCCAGCAUCUUAAUCUCGACGAACCGCAAUUCCAUGCCAGUGCAUUUGUGGCACCGCUAGUAAUCAACAAAUCGCCCCAGAGGUCGCGCAGCGCAUCGCGACACACGCGGCAAUCGUCCUCGAAGAGCAUGAGCAGGAGGACGACGUCGAUACGAUCCCAGUCACAAUCGCAAAUCUCGCCGCCCCUUACGCCACGGGCGUCGAGAGAAGCACUACCCUCCGCCGAGCCCCAGGCCGAGUUCCACAACUACCUGCGCGCGUUCUACCACUUCCAUCCAACGUCUACCGUUUCCUCGUCGACAGACGAAUCAUCAAUUACCGUGCCGAUCAACCAGGGCGAUGUCAUUCUAGUCCAUUCAGUGCAUCCAAACGGCUGGGCAGAUGGCACGCUCCUCGCGUCAGGGGCGCGAGGCUGGCUCCCUACGAACUACUGCGAGGCUUAUGACCACCAGUCCAUCCGCAGUCUGCUGAGUGCUCUCACACAUCUCUGGGACCUUGUGCGAGACGGCGAGAGUGGAGACCUGGACGUGUUCACGAAGCAAGACUAUGUGAGGGGCAUGAUUGCAGGAGUGCGAUUCUUCUUGGAGAAAACGCAGUGCUUGACAAGGGAGUCUGCGCUUAUUGUUGCCCACGUUAGCCUGCGACGUAUGAGAAAGGGCCUGCUCGGGGACCUUUCUUCACUUGUCAAGACCGCGAAGAAGCUCCAAGAGCUCCUCCAAAGCGCCGGAUCGACACUCGCCGUGUUCGAAACGCUCGACGAGCUCGUGCUGAAGGCCUUCAAGCUCGUGACACGCGCGGUUCGGUUCCUCGACAUCUGGGCGCAAGAUGCCGUAUCUGUGCCUGUGCCAUUUGACUUCGACGAGUCGGCCAAUAGGCCUCUGACUCCGCCAGUCGACUCAGCCGACGCUCAGAUCGCGCCCGCAACACCGUCCUCAAACCUGGGGCCGAGCGAGGAUCGCACUGCUGACCAUGCAGCCGUCGUGUCACAAGCGAGCUCGUCGACACCACGGGACGAGCGGGAAGAUUCGCGAAGCCGGCAUCCACGAACACGUAGCCGCGCAUCGUUCGCCUUUGCCCUUCCCCCCACAGAGUCCAGCGCACCACAUUCGUCUUCGCUGCUAAGCGCCCAGCCUCAGUCGAAGCGCCUCUCCGUAACGCACCGACUGUCGUACACAGGCAAGUCGCAGAGCGUCCGCAGACAGAACCUUGCUUCGGAGAGGCUUUGCGCUGCACACGACUCCUUCCUAAGUUUCAUCAGCAUUUUCAUUGGGCUGCACCUGCAGUCACGAUCAUCCUCAGAACUCCUCGUCACAACCCGCGACUCCGUCAUUGCCUGUCGCCAGCUGCUCGCCGUCGUGGAAGAAGUAUGGGAACGCGACUCGCAACGAUCCGACCCGCUAGAGCACGCAAGAGCGACUAUGUACUCCAAACUCUCCGAACUCGUGCAGGCGACGAAGGACAUGUUCUCCAAUUCUGAAUCUGUGAAUGGCGAGGAGGUGUUCACGCCGGACUCUGGGAAGCAACUGGUCAUCGCUGCCACAAGCUGUGUUCGAGCAGCAGCCGAGUGCGUCACGAAAGCUACGAUCGUUAUCGAGCGUAUCGGCGACUUUGAAUUCGAGCAAGCUGGCCAGGGCAUCUCGCAGACUAUUCUCGAAGGCAUCAACGCCCACUUAGAUAAAGACACGGAGACCGGCCUUCCAGAGCCACAAGAAACGGACAAGCCAUUGCCUGCAACGCCACAAGAACCAACCUCCCGACCACCUCCACCGCCACUACUGAUAUCGGAAUCCAAACCCCUUCCGGAACCACCCGCGCCAUCACCAAUACUGAACCAUGAAACCCUACACCCAGUCAUCGUCGAGAGCCCGACUGCAGUAUCGUUCAGAUCGUCGAGAUCGUCGCUACCACCACUCAGCCAGCUUCCCAUUCCCACGCUUCCACAACCAAGCCCGUCAGAAGCCUCUCAGAGUCCUGCGAGUGCCACUCAUCGUUUCUUUGGCAAAGCCGGGAGAGCAGACAGUGUCAAUGUAUCUGUGGCGGACUCAACUAGCACGUACCCUAACAGUGUCCGAGGCGACAGUGCAAGCAUCAUCUCAGAGGUCUCAACAAGAGCAACGACGCCAGAUCAUUCGCCUACAACCCGCCAUGGCGACCAAGCCAUGAUGAGCAGCUUCGGCAGCACUUCCGAGCUUCACUCUAUCGCAAGCGAGGAGACUACCGGACUGGAAGCUCAACUGCUUGAGAAGACCUUCGUACAUGAGCUUAUAUACAACAAAGAAGGCCAGAUUUCGGGAGGCUCAUUGCCCGCCCUCGUGGAGCAGCUUACAACCCAUGAGUCGACGCCUGAUUCCAUGUUCGUCACCACGUUCUACUUGACCUUUAGGCUCUUUACCACACCCGUCGAUUUCGCGAACUGCCUCAUCGACCGGUUCGACUACGUCGGCGACAGCCAGGAGGUUGGCGUACCUGUCCGCCUACGCGUGUACAAUGUCUUCAAGGGCUGGUUGGAAACCCACUGGCAGUCCGACUGCGACCCUUUAGCUCUAGGCAUCAUUCUCGACUUCGCUACCGGAAAGCUGAGGACUGCCCUGCCUGCAGCUUCGAAGCGACUUGCCGAAUUGGCCACGAAGGUUACUGAAGUGCGCGCUGGUGCCUUGGUGCCUCGUCUCAUGUCCUCAAUGGGCAAGACUGGAAUCUCAAGUACCAUCUAUUCUGCUGCGGAUAGCACAGCACCAAAUCCCGUCAUUUCAAAGAGCCAACUCAACGCCCUGAAGAACAAGACUUCACAGUGCAACAUUCUCGACUUCGAUCCUUUGGAGCUUGCCAGGCAGAUUACCAUCAUCGAGUCGAAGCUCUUCUGCUCCAUUCAGCCCUCUGAGCUUCUUGCGUCAGAAUGGACGAAGAAAAAUACUCAAAAAGCCGUCAAUGUCCGUGCCAUGUCGACGUUGUCCACGGAUCUCGCAAAUCUAGUCGCGGAUACUAUCCUCAGUCUAGAAGAUCCCAAGAAACGAGCUAUUGUCAUCAAACACUGGGUCAAGAUCUCAAUGAAAUGCCUAGAGCUAGCUAACUACGACUCGCUGAUGGCGAUUAUCUGCUCGCUGAAUUCCUCGAUGGUACUUCGCCUGAAGCGAACAUGGGAGUGUGUUUCCAUGAAGACCAAAGCACGCCUCGAAGAGUUGAAGACUAUUGUGGAUGUCGGCCGAAACUAUGCCGUCCUUCGCCAACGCCUACUCAACCACGUCGCUCCUUGCAUCCCAUUCGUCGGUAUCUAUCUGACUGAUCUUACGUUCGUUGAUGUCGGCAACCAGACUACCCGUCAGCUUCCCGGAGAUGACGGCCACGAGGGGGUGUCUGUUAUCAAUUUCGAUAAGCACAUGCGGACUGCGAAGAUCGUUGGCCAGCUGCAAAGCUUCCAGGUGCCAUACCGCCUCGUUCCUAUUCCAGAGAUGCAGGAUUGGAUGGAGGCCCAGAUCAAGCGAGUACGAGCCAGCGACCAGUCCAAUGUACAGAGCUACUACCGUCGCUCGCUCUUACUGGAGCCACGCGAGCCUCCACCAGCCGUCAAGGCGACCCCACCAGUAGAGAGCAGUGCGCAGAGCAUCACAUCCAAGGAUCGCUUCGAUUUCCUAAGCACCUUCACGUUCUCUUCUGCAUCAACCAUUAAAGACCGAUAGAUUUGUUCGACGCGCCUCACGGCGAACGAUUACCCUGCAUAGUUCUCCCACCACCUCUUCCAGCUCUUGUAUCAUGUUUGA